UAUUUUCCGUUCCUUCCUUUCAGUUUCAAUUCUCUCUUGCCCACCCCGCACCAGCUGUUCUCUAGACUGAGACAUACAUCGCACAGAAAUCGCCGGAAGGAAAAUAAAGAAAGUACGAGAGGCCUCAAUCAGUUCCCGCUCUUCGCCGGUAAACUUUUACAGAGUUGUCGCCGAGCAAUUUUGCAGUUUAGCAGUUUCGGGUCUGUUGUCAAUUCGGGGGGUUUUGCCUUCUUGGUAAUCAGUGCAAUGACAUCUUCAGAUCAUGACCUUUCAGAUAAUAGUGAGACUGGACAGCAUGAAAAUCAGUCUUCACCUCCAUCACAAGUGAUGCCUCAUCCUGGCACCGUGGCUCCUACUAUGCCUUCUGGAAUUCUUCCGCAACUUGGAAAUGGAAAUGCUAUGGCUCAAACUGCUUAUCCUUAUCCAGAUCCUUAUUAUAGAAGCAUUUUUGCUCCUUAUGAUACACAGCCAUAUCCACAAUGUUUUCCUGCUCAAUCAAUGGUUCAUCUUCAGUUGAUGGGAGUUCAACAAGCUGGCGUUCCCUUGCCAUCAGAUGCAGUUGAAGAACCCGUAUUUGUUAAUGCAAAGCAAUAUCAUGGCAUCUUAAGACGUCGACAGUCUCGUGCAAAAGCUGAAUCAGAAAAAAAACUUCACAGAAAUCGGAAGCCUUACUUGCAUGAAUCUAGACAUUUACAUGCACAACGAAGAGCUAGAGGAUGUGGCGGUCGGUUUUUGACUUCAAAGAAAAGUGAUGAGAACCAACAAAAAGAAGAGGAAUUAUGCGAUAAAUCAAAGCCCACCGGCAAUCAUAAUUCUGAAAAUUGUGAUGUUGCUUCAGAAAAUGGCUCUUGAUUCCAGUUGCAAUCCAUCCUGGGACCUUGAAGAUAGCACCAUCUAAUUGAAGUAUAGAUGUGAUGGCAGGCUUUUCAAAUUUAGUUCUGUAUUAUAAGAAUCAUCAGCAGAAGUAGACUAGGCAUAUAUGCAGCAGUUGAUGGAUUUAAAAGAAAUGAUGUUACAAGUAGAAGUCGAGUUUGAUAGUGAUAGUUUGUUGUUUCAUCAACCAGGGAAUGAUGGGGAUCUUUUACUUUUCUAUUUAGACAUUCUUUUUUGUUUUGCUUCAUCAAGUCCACUGCUGGGUUAGAAAAUAGAUUGUAUGAUGUAAUCCAUAGGAGGCUAAGGUUGUAGCACAGAGGAGAGGACACCUUCUCAAUGUCAAUAUGUUGAAUAAGGAACCUUAAGAGUUAAAUCAGUGUUUCACUUUCA